AUGUCAUGGAUUGGGUUAAAGAAAGCCGUCAACAGGGCAGGCACCCAGAUCAUGCUCAAGACGGGCCAGAUAGAGCAAACGGUGGACAAGGAGUUUGAGUUUGAGGAGAAGCGGUUCAAGACGAUGGAAGCAAACCUGCUUGCCUUGCAGAAAAGGCUACGAACUUACUUGGACAGCUUGAAGCUUUUGACUACUUCUCAGAUCCAUAUUGCCGAAUUGCUCAAUUCCUUUUACGGCAGCGACUCUAGUGUCCCCAAAGUGAUUGAGGACGCCAAGACUGGCAGGAGCCGUGAAGCGUUUCAAAACCUCGUGGGGGAGUAUUACAACACACUAAAGCGGUUGAACGACGAAUGUGUCAAUGAACUAGAACGCCCCUACAACCAGACUGUCUUGAACCCCAUGUCCAAAUUCAACUCCUACUACGUCGAAGUCAACGAAGCCAUCAAAAAGAGACACAAUAAGCUACUAGACUACGACGCAAUGAGGAACAAAUUGAAAAAGUUGUUGGACACUCCCCAGCUCGAAUACGCCAACUACGACGUCAAACUCAAAGAGUACAACGAAGAGCUAGCCGAGUUGGAGCACAAGUACAGCGACAUCAACAAUCAGUUGAAGGACGAACUUCCCAAGUUGAUCAACAUGCGAGUGGCCUUUUUUGACCCCAGCUUUGAAAGUUUUGUCAAGAUCCAGCUCCGCUUCUUUAAUGAAAAUUACCAACAACUCAAUGCACUACAGAGCAAACUAGACGCGCAAGCUAGAGAAGACUACAUCGAGGGAAGGUUGGAAGAGAGAAUCGAUGACGUUUUGGAUAAGAUGAGAAUGUUGGAUAUUGCGGGCAACACUAACCUCUGUACCCUGUAA